UUCCCGUCCGUCUACAUGUGAGCACGCGAAAGUUGACUUUCAAAUUUUUCGAAUCGUUUUAACUUUGAUGAAGAGAUUCUGAUUGCUCUAUGAAUGACUCAUCUUGUUAAUUUUGUUCGAACUGUCUACGUUUGCCUAAUUCUCUCGUGCUUGAACACGGAAGCUAAAGAAUCGCAAUUCAUUUACAAGAAUAGCGCCAGAACAGUUGGCAACGCUCUUGUUGUUUCUUGGAAACUAAAUCAGUUGGCAAUUAAACAACUUAAUGCAUCCUCCUUGAUCACGUCUGGUGUUUACUUUUGUCCACUAAAUAAGUUUCAAGAACAUCAAAAUUGCAAGGAAGACAAAAUACAACUUUGCAUUGUCACAAUCGAAGGGAAAAAAUUUACAUCUGAAAGUAUUUCAGAUAACGAGUUCGCAGAUUACAAAAGAAACAGUUCGCUGGACUAUCUUAACAAUUUUUUUGAAAAAGACCGCCAUGCAAGGAUAUCUGGUUCGUGGAAUGAGACGAGUGACGAGUACGAAUGCAUUCUGCAUGGUAUCGACGAAUGCUUUGUAUCGACAAGGACCGAAUGGGAUAAUAAGGAACAGAUAAUGAUAGCAGUUCAUACUGGUUCUUAUGCCAAGGAGUUAUUGUUUGAAGUGGAAAAUACAGUUGCACCUCCUUCGCUAAACCAGCCAAAGAACUUGACCUUUACUCAGACUGGUAGAACUGAAGGAAUACUGAGAUGGACAACUUGUCCUUACGACAAUCCAAACGGUUUUUGGAUUCUUUUCCACCAAGAUAGUGGAAAUGUACUAGAGUGCAGAGAAAAAAUGCUCAACUACGACGACAUGUACACAAGAAACUGGGAGAAAAAGUGCAACCUGACGACGUUGCGGGCUUACACGAACUAUACAAUAGAAGUCUAUUCUUUUAACGGCUUGAGUCACAGCAAGAACAGCUUAUCUGGGAAUUUACAAAUUACCACGAAUGAGCAAGCUCCAUCAUCGCCUCCCACAAUUGAGUGUGCAGUGUGCCAAGAGGAAUCCCUGGAAAAUGGCAACAGAUCUGUGACGGUCAAAUGGAAGCUUCCGCCAAAAGAGAAGUUGAACGGAGUAGUGCGAAAAGCGAAAAUAAAAUAUUGGAUGAAAAAGGAAAAGAGAGUGAUUUUGAAGUACUCUCACAAUGUAACAGAGGGGAAAAUCACAAAAAUUCAAGAGAACGCUGACUACUUCGUACAGGUUGCUAUUUGUACGGCGGGACAACUUUGUAGCAAUUACACUGAAGCCGCCAGCAUACCAAAAAACAGCAAUGAAGUAAUACAUGGAAGAGAAAAUUUGAAGAUCUUAUGGAUAAUUCUUCUGCCUGUAUUUAUCAUUUGCUUUACACUAAUUUGGAGAUUGAGAAAAAGACGUCUUUCCGAAGCAAACCCUCUUGAAGAUUUAACGCAACCGGACUUAUGUAACGAGAUCAAUAAAGCGCUGGAGGUUUCAGAAUACAAUGAGCUACCCCCAGAAGACAGAAAUGUUCAAGACAUGGAACUAAGGACAGACAUUUCUCCACCUAGUGCUGCAAGUACUCAAUGCUGAUGAGUCUGGCUGGUUUGUGUCAACAAAUAACUGGCCUUCUUUUAAAAUGAUUUACAAACAACAAGUAUUUAUGAUAAGACCAAUCAAGGUCCACACACACCAGACUUAAUAUAUCCUACUAACUGGAAAAUUUCACUUUUCAGUGUAAGGAAAACGUAAUAUUUUUUGCAUCGUUUACCUGAGAAUAUUCAUUUGUAGUCUAGAGAUGAGAACGCUUGUAAAAUAAAGACUUUUUGAAGACAAAGUUGAAGCGAUUGACGUAUGGAGAAAAAAGAAAAGAAAAAAAACAACCAUUGAUCAA